UUAAGAGAUUCUACAAAAUGGCCGACAAAGAGACACCAAGUUCGCCGCCCCAGUAUAACUCCAACUCCGAGACAGAGCCACAACCUCUGCCUCCAGACGUUAGCAAUAUCUGCGGCCUCAUCCGUAUAACGGCCGAAUGGGAGGAGCGAAAAAUGUUCUCUGGGGUGAAACGAUGCCAGCACACUGAGACAUGGGAUAUCAACUCUGAUGCCAACGAAUGCCACAUCAUUGCCAAUUUCGUCGAUCGGACCAGCCCCCAAAUACCAGAAAACAAGACAUCCAAUCCCAUUGAGGAAGAGCUCCUUCCCUUCUAUUUCACCGUUCACACCGAGCUGGAGCCGAAACCUGCAGAGAAACCACCCAAAGUCUAUCCAAAGUUUACCCUCUGGAGUGACCACGACGUUACGCCCGGACCCCUGUCUCGCAAUUCCCAACAAAUCCUUCUGGAGCGGAAAUACGCCGACUUCCACCUCGCUCUCGGCUUGAUACAGACGAUUGCUAAUAGUACUCAUGGUUCACGGUUCGCCCGGGUGAUGUUCCCUUGGCAGAAGCAGUAUAAAGUGGUAAAGACGGAUUGGCAGUGGUACGGCGGGUAUUGGAUGGAAGGUAUGACAGAGAAUUGGUGGAGUGCAAGCAAAGAGGUUGCCGAAGCAAGAGACAGGCUGCGCACAAAGGCAUUGCAUGGGAAGGUGGUAUGGAAGAUUAGGAGUGAGAAGGAGUUUUUGGUGCCUUUUAGGUGGUGUGUUGCAAACAAUAAGAAAUAAAUAGCAUGGAGACAAUCGCUUUGCUAUAUGGAUACUGGUUGGACUUGCUUGAUUUCCUAUUUGGGUCGUCGGGUAGCCACAGAACGGAUACAAGCUCGGGUAUUGUCACCCAGUUGUGUUGUGUCACGACCGUGAUGUGUGUUCGCUUUGGUAUUACUUUUGGCAACUUUUUAUAGGUCGUAUGAUGACGAUUAAACCGAAAAUAUACCGAGUGUUAGUAGGACAGGGUAGGAGGUUGUCCUACCA